AUGAUGCCUACCGGCUUCAUGACUGCCAGCGAGGCCAUUGCUCGUGAUCGUGCGGGUCGGCGGGGCUCGGGCCCUGCUCCUCGCCAUGCACGUUCUUUGGUCCCGGACAAUGUUCCAGAUAUCUACGAGGCGAUCCUGCUCGGCCCCGGCGAGAACAAGAUCGACGUCGAAGUUGACACUCGCCUUCCCUCAGCAUGUAUCUUCACUUUCCACAAGGAAGAUCACACCCUGGGUAACAUGCUCCGCACCCGUCUUUUGAAGACUGCUCACGUCAUCUUUGCCGCCUACCGGGUCCCUCACCCCCUCACCCCCGAGUUCCAGCUGCGGGUUCAGACUGAUGGCGAAAUUACUCCACGACAGGCAGUCAUCAACGCCUCCGAGGCUCUCAUCAAGGACCUUGGAACUCUGUCUCGCGAGUUCACCAAGGAGUACGAGCUUCGCAAGAUGGCCAACGCCGCCAAUCAACAACACACCGAGUAA